GCGGCUCUCGCGGUGCCAGCUCAUUCCCUCGCCAGCCACGGGGCGGAGAGGGUCACUCCGCGCCGCCGCUGCAGCCCCGCCCACCAGGCAUCAUGGGGCGCCUCACGCUCCUCGCACGCCCCGCAGCGCCCGCCUUCUGACGCCCGCUCAGGCCGCACGCACCUCUCGCCGCCCAUGACAGGCUGGCACCGUGGGCGUGGAAGGCAGUGGGCUAAGGCAAGCGUUCAGACUGAGCUCCGUCACUUGUAGAUGGUUCGCGAUAAAAGGCCGCUGGUAGGCGUGGUGGUGUGCUGCUGCCGUGCUGGCGUGUGCUGGUGACGAGCGGUGGUGUGUGCGACAGGAAAAAGUCGGGUCACUCUAGUGGUGUUUUCUGUAGCCUUUACUUUUGUUUUGUUGACAGCGUGUGGCUUCAGUAAUAUCCGCACUUGUCGAGCCCUUCCUGAGGCUCCGCGGGACGUGAGGAAAGAGAGAAAGAAAAAAAGCAUCAUUAUCAGAAAAACAGAAAGAUAGGAGAGAGGAGUAACACUGAAAUUCAAAUCUACCGUGUGGAUGCUGCUCAUACCAAAACACGAAUUAAGAGGAAAAUACGAGUGAAAGCCGCGUGAUCCAAGUGCUUAUCUGAUCCUUCGUGAGCAGCACCGCCACGCAAACCCAAGGACGCGUCACUGCUGAAGGAGAAAUAAGGCAAGAGAGAAAGCAUUACCAAGGGGGAGAGUAUACACGUCACUGCUAACAGGACUGACGGGGACUGUCACGUCUACCACGCCAGCACGUCAGAUUUCUUGAGGAGCUUCGCCCUGUACUGCUGCCGAGGACCAAUGAACGUGGAGAAUGCUGCUGCGCGGGCGUGGACAAGCGUUGGUGUGGGUUGUGGCAUUGGUGCUGAGUUGGGCACACGCCGCCACGCCCCCUCCAACUGUGGAUAACGAGGCGGCGGGGCGGGCGGCGCUGAACGACAUGCUGAGGGAAGUUUCUCACCUGUCCUCUGGGAGUACUGGGACCGCCUGCGCCGCUCAGCCAUUUUACAGAAUCGCUGUGGACAUGGAUAGAUUUGAGGUAACGAGACAGAAGGUCGACUUGAUAGUGAGAAUCCUGAGAAGGAAUGCCAACCAAGAGCUGCUGAAGGACCUGGUGGGGAGUUUGCUGGAGUCUGAGGGAGGGAGAGUGAGAGAGGUGAGGCUGAUGCAGAGAGGCCUCCCCCACCGCUCCCCCUUCAUCACCUUCGCCGGCCGUCCCUCCUCCUCCCCCAUUACCACCACCACCACCACUGCUGUUAACACUACGUCCACCUCGAUGGAGUGGGUGGACAGACAGCCGUGGUUCUGGGGUCAGGGUCCUUACGGCUCCCCCGACAGCUUUGAGAGAUUUCAAGAGAAGAGAGUAAAGGGCGCCCUGGGACGAUGGACCUUCCCUUACUUCGUGUGCGAGGGCAGGAGGUGGCUGGUCAGCUACACGGCGCCCCUGCAGCCACUGGGCGAGGCGACGCGGAACAGGAAGGCCAGUGACGUAGAGGUCGUGAGCGUGGACAUCGACCUGACAUCAUUUGACAUCAACCAGUGUGACGGGCCGGAGGAGGGGGAGGAGGAAGAGGAGGAGGAGAUGGUGAUGACAGAAGAGGAGGAGGAGAAGGAGGAGGGGAAGACGAGAAACCCACUCUCCUUCUUCAAAAACUCCCACAAGUGCAACAAAAUAACUUCUGAGUGCGUGUUCCAGCCAGGCCAGGGGUGGGUGCGUGGAGCUUACGUCUGCAGGUGUAAAGAUGGAUACUUCCCUCAAAACAGAACCUUUAACGGUGCUCUGCUUGAAGUGGCAUGGGAAGGUAAACAGAACCGCAACACGUCCUUCUUUGAUAUGAUGUACACGUGUCACCCCUGUCCUGAGCACUGCCCUAACUGCACGAAGGAGGAGCCCUGUGACGCCCCGUACAACUGGCCAUUCAGGAUAGCGCUGUUGUCCAUCUCGCUGCUGUGCAUUGUGUUCACCUUCGUGUUGAUGGCGCUGGUCUACCACUACCGGAGCGUGAAGGUGUUCCGACUCGCCUCGCCCACAUUCCUCUGCAUCUGUCUCAUUGGCUGCACCAUCAUGUACUUCGAGAUGGCAGCCAUAUUCCCAGUUCUGGACACCUACUCCUGUGUGGCGACGAAGUGGACACGACACCUGGGCUUCUGCAUCACGUUUUCUUCGCUCCUCAUGAAGACCUGGAGGGUAUCGCUGACAUACCGCGUGACUUCAGCACACAAGAUCAAGCUGACGGACAAACAGCUGCUGCAGUGGCUGACGCCCAUCCUACUGAUCAUGCUGGUGUACCUGAGCGCGUGGAGCCUCAGCGCCACGCCCUCCGCCGAGGUGAAGGCCGCUGACUCAGGGCUCAAGUACAAGCAAUGCAAAUAUGAUUGGUGGGACCACUCGCUUGCUGCCGGUGAGGUCCUCUUCCUGAUGUGGGGGGUGAAGGUGUGUUUCAGCGUCAGGAAGGCAGAGAGCUUCUUCGACGAGGCUAAGUACAUCUCAUGGGCAGUUUACAACAUAGCCCUUGUCAACAUCGUUAUGGUGGCCUUCCACCUCAUCAUCUUCCCCGACGCGGGUCCUGACGUCAAGUAUCUCUUCGGCUUCCUGAGGACCCAGUUCAGCACCUCCACCACUGUGCUGCUCAUCUUCGGGCCCAAGUUCUACCGGAUCGUGCAGGGGACGGGAGACCAGUACGAUAACCGGGCCAGAGCCAAGGGCGUGACGGCAAGCUUCUCCCUCAACGGCCUGGGCGUGAUGAACGACGAGCCCGCUGACUUGUCCCAGGAGAACGAGGAACUCAAGGAGGAGAUACAGAAGCUGGCGGCGCAGAUGGAGUUCAUGAAGAUCGUGCACAUGGAGAUGAACAACCGCCACCUCAAGCCGAAGCCCAGUGGGUACUUCAGCGACAAGAACCCCGCGAUGGCCGGCCCGACGUCUCCGUCUGGGCCACGCACCACCGACGCGGGCCAGGAGAACGCCCCUGCCAAGCUGUCCUCCCCUGCAACUGAGGUGGCCGACGAUAGGGUAUGACUAGUGGCCAACAGUGAAGAGGUGUGGCUGUAGACUGCGGCGGGGCGUAGAGUCUGCCAAGGAAGCGCAGUUCUGUUUGUAUGUUAAGUGUGGUUGGUGGCUUUCCUGGCCCGUAUUCUGGGUAUUUUCGUCACUUCGGCGUCUAUAUCGACUAUUUUCAGGCUCUAACAGGUUAUUUAAGUUUCCUCAGGGUGUUUUUGGUCAUGUUUCUAGUGAUAGUUUAACAAGGGGUGCGCAUCGUCAGUAAAAACACACCCGUGAGGAUUUAAGUAACCAUCUGUCUGAGGAUAGUUUUAAUGGGACUGUUUAUAAUAUGGGUCCUGUGGUGGUGAAGGUGAGGGUUUGUAUAGUGACGGCAAGGAGUCCCGUCACUGCAGUCUUACGGUGUUGUGAGUGAAGCGAUGGGCGUGUUUGUUCUGAGCCCCGUGAACCCGUGAGUGAAGCAGUGAAGUGGGAUGUGGUGCUUCACGCGUUCAGGAUUCAGCGGCACGUCCAGAAUUGGUGCCGCGUCUGUCUGUCUGUUUGUGCAUGUGUUGCCUCGAUGCCUCCGCCAGCUGUCAGUCCUUCGUCAGGCCAGCCAGUCAAGUGUGGUGUGGGUUCCUAUUCUAAAACUCUUCCCUCCGCACCUCCAUUGUUUUCAAAAGGCCUCAGUUGAAGUUGCAUGGGUUUUAAGGAUGUUUUUUACUGUUCUAGUGACAGUAAUAAGAUUUUUACAUUAUUAACAGGAGAAACACUCUCGAGAACCCGGCUAAUCAUCUCUGUGGCCUUUGAAAAUAGUCGUGGUGAGAGAGCAAAGAGUUUCUGAAUGCGGGUCGUGAUGUGUGUGUGUGUGUGUGUGUGUGUGUGUGUGUGUGUGUGUGUUUGCGCGCUUCAAAUAUUUUUUUCUUAUUUCAGGAAUAUAUGUGAAAAAAAAACAUUGCUUUGAUCUAACCAGCACCUAAGUGAAUGACCGGAUUGGCACUGGCUGGCUGGCUGGCUGGGAGAGGUAGAGCCAACAGAGGCACCCCAGACGGCACUGACAGACUAACGUACCACCUGCUUUUGGUUCUAGCAAGGGGGGGCGUUGACAACAAGUGAGGGCAGAGGUACAGGAAGGAGGUGUGGAUGUAAUUUAGUUAAGCAGGAAGCAACGGUGUAUAUUUCGUCUUAGUUAAUCUUAGUUGAGGUUCGUGCACGCAGAGGGAGGCGCUGACGAAGGCAGUGACGAAGACGAGGACUUUCCCGUGUGCGUGUGGAAGCCUGGGAACCACAUUCUAAAACACUUCCUCUCCACACCUCCACUACAUUCAAAAGGCUCUAGUUGAAGCUACACGGGUUUUUAAAGGUGUUUUUAUGGUUCUAGUGACAGAUUGACAAGAUUUCUAUGGUAUUAAUAGAAGAAACAGUGUUGAGAACCCGGCUAAGCGUUUCUGUGGCCUUUGGAAAUAGUUGGUUGAGAGAGUAGUGUUUCUGAAUGCGGGUCGUGAUGUGUUUGUGCACGUGUUGUCUCGAUGCCUCCGCCAGCUGUCAGUCCUUCGUCAGGCCAGCCAGUCAAGUGUGGUGUGGGUUCCUAUUCUAAAACACUUCCCUCCGCACCUCCAUUGUUUUCAAAAGGCUCCAGUUGAAGUUGAAUGAGUUCUAAGGGUGUUUUUACUGUUGUUAAUUGUUGGCGUGGUGCUUCAGACCAUGCGAUACACUUCAUGGUGACGAACACAGAACCAUUGCGUGCACGGACUUCUGAUUCUUCCCCUUAGGUUCUUGUCCUGCAGUGUAAGGGAAGCACUUGGUUGCACUUAGAUCACGUCACAUCACGUCACUGCUCGACCCCUUCCCGUCACUGUAUCGCGUCACGGCUUUAGUUAGGAGGUCACAGGUGGAGUUACAGCGUAGCAGGUCACAUGAACGUCAGCCACUUCUGUUAUGGUCUGAUUGGAUGAUGUUAGGUUGGGUUAACUUACAUUUGAUAACCCAAUUCAACCUAACGUAACCUAAUCUAACCUCACCUGACUUGAUCUAACCUCAUUUGACCUUAUUUGACCUAACCUAACCUCACCUAACCCCACCUGAGCUAACCCAACUUUACCUAACUUAACCUAACCUAACCUAACCUAACCUAACCUAACCUAACCCAACUUUACCUAAACCAACCUAACCUAACCUAAUCUCAAUACACCUAACAAAAAAAAUAAAUAAAUAAAUAAUAAAUGAUAAUAAAUGCUGUGAUGGCUGAUAUUCAUGCGACCAAACUUUUACAACGCACGAGAACUAACAAGAAUACUGAUAACAAUAUUUUCAUACACCCAAACUCCAUUCCCAGUCUCCACGUCACUCCGAGGGAACAAUGGAGCAAAACAUGAACACUAGACACCUGACAUUCCUUACCUGGGCGUCGGUGGAGCAGAGAUGUUCGGGAGUGGAGCUAAGACCAAAAAAAUAACAAUAGAAAUAAGUUCUCGUGGUGUUAGUGAAAGGAAAGACGCUGAAAAGGGGUGUAGGAAAGCGCAAGAGAGAGAGAGAGAGAGAGAGAGAGAGAAUCAUUCCAAAACAUCUCGGUGUCUCAUCCGGGCUGCUUUCAUUGGCUGUAGUGGAUGUUAAUUGGACUUUUCAAGGGUGUUUUCAAGACUAGCAAUAACUUAACGAGAACUUUACACCACUAAUGAGAAGAAGGUUACCCGUGAGACCCCGACUAAUUUUCUGAGUGGCUCUUGAAAACAGUCCUGAUGGGAAAAGCUACCAGGUAAAGCAAGCCACGACACAUUUUCAUCAGCCGCGCCCUUCCUACGCCACUGACUCCACCGCCUCUCUAGACCGUAUUUUGAAACUCCUCUGCGCCGCACCUUCGACUUUCAAAAGGCUGUAGAUGAAGUGACGCGGGUUCUUAAGCGUGAUUUUACGGUUCUAGUGACAGAUUUAUGAAAUUUCUUUGUUAUUUAAUGGAGAAACUUUUGAGAGCCUGUUUAAACACCUGUGUGGCCUUUGAAAAGAGUCGUGUGUGGUGUGAGAGAGAGCGAGAGUGCACAGUGUUUCUGAAUACGGGCCAAGGUAUCUCGCCCUCGUAUUUUGUAUAUAGUUUGGUGACGACCCGAGCCACGCAUUCCAUUAUAAGUUAGCUUUAGUUUAAAUUACUCGUGUUGUUUAUAAGGAGAGCACUUUAUCAAGCAUACUCCACCGCCUUCCUCCAGCUUGGCAGUGAGGAAGGUGACACACACACGUACACACAUAUACACACACACACACACACACACACCAUUGCAGUAUUGUUAGCGUCAUGCACUUCACUCUUCACUCUGUUCCAUGUUCGUGUUUAUUUCAAAGGCUCUCGCGUUACUUGUUCUUCACUGCGCAGACUCGAUUCAUCUUUUCGUCUCGUUAUGGACACAAAUUUAUGCUUCAGUCGCUUUACAUAGAGAAGGAUUCCAUUGACGAGGUGACAUACUGUAACAAAGGGAAGGGAAGGUGUUGAGGGACAUAUAAUGCUAAAAACUGAGAAGUAAGGAGGUGAAUUUACCCAAAAGAGGGGAAAUUAUGAGGUAAGUUUCCCGUAAAAAGGGGAAAUGAGGUGAAUUUAUCCUAAAGAGGAGAAAUAUUGAGAUAAUUUUCCUGCAGAGAGGGGAAGGAACUGAACUGAACAAAGAGAGGAAAUGUUCAAUUAAAUUCACCGGAAAGACGGAAAGUAAGGCGCUACUUCAGCCGCAAAAUAAAAGGAAGUGAACUUACCAAAAGAGAAGAAACGUUAAGGUAGAUUCACCGCCAAGAGGGGACACCAACAGAGGGCACCACCACCACACGGAUAGCACACCACGCCGCGCCGCCUGUAGUGCACGUGUUCUGGUGGCGAGCACGUGGCUACAGCAUUUGCGUGAGCUUACAACCUGCCUCUUCACACCUCCGCCGAGCGAGGGACGCCACUGGACAGGCCGCUACCAGCUCGGAGAAUCCCACACUGACUGCUUAGGGAAAUACCACCGCCACCACUCCUACUACUACUACUACUACUACUACUACUACUGAUCACAAACAUCAGUCACCCUAGGUAUUUUUUUUUAUGUAAGUUAGGAUGUGUUACGGCUAACCUAACCUAACCUAACUGAAUCUCACUUGAACAUAACUCAGAAGAGGCUGGGAUGACUGUGAUUACUACUACUACUACUACUACUACUACUACUACUAACGCUGCUCCGUAUCGUAUUGUGACGUUCAACACAAACAUGACUCGAGCUUAAUGAACUGUGAGAUUGACAAGAGCGAAUCCAAUGACGUGAAGCUUCGUGUGACGGCAAAUUGAGAAAAGAGAAGCACAAGGAACGAUUUUUUUUUUUUUUUUACACCGAUGAAGCCAAAAAGGAUGAGAGGUUGGUGGGCAGGAUGUUUAAACUUCCUCGCACAAAACAUCAUAGUGAACGUAAGCUUAGACUUAGAUCGUAUCGCAAGGAACCUUUUUUUUUUUUAUUAUUUAAUGUGCUUGUGUGUCUCGCGUGAUGACGAACCGAGGUGAAAACUUUACAUGGAGAAUUGAUGAAGGGACCAAGUUACAAGGAGUCUGGAUGUGCAUUGUAUGUCAUGGUGAUUCUACGUGAAGUUCGUAUUCUUAAACAGUUCGAUGUCUCACCUUCACUAAUUUGGACAGGCUGUACUAAAUGUUACUGGGGUUUUCAAAGGUGUGUUCGUGAUGACAGGGACAUUUUAGGGAAAGAGGAGGAGGAGGAGGAGGAAAGGGGAAGGAAGAUAAGAGGUCAAGAAAGAGGAAGAAGAGAAAGGAGGUGAAGGAUGAUGUGAGUAGGGAGAUAAAGGAGAGAGAGUGAAGUCGGGUGGGGGGUUCCGCGCAUUCAGUGAUAGAAGCAUUCGAGAGAACCUGAUUAAUCGUUUCUGUAGCCUUUGAAAAGAUAGUUCAGGUGGAAACUCGAUGUGUUUAAGAAUACGAAUGUGGAUCUUAGUGUGUGUCUGAUGAGGUGAAGCAUGAGGUGACUUGUUCGGCUCCUCAUGCGAGUUUUUAGAAAAGGAAUACAGUGUGUGCUGGUACAGAAUCACGCUCCUUCCACUCCGGCGGACGAAACUUUUCUGAUUUAUUUUUUUCUCCUUGUUUUAGAUGUUGAGGAGGCUGAUAUAACAAAACAACGGCAAAAGAAAUACACUUUGUCACUUUCUUUCUCAUCUCCACACACACCAAAAAAUAAAUAAAUAAAUAAAUAAAUAAAUAAAUAAGUAAAUGAAAUAAAACUGAUGCUGACUCAGUUCCGGAAAUCUGCUCUUUAGUUACGAACAUUUUCUUUCCCACUUGAGAGAAAAUGAAAGAAAUGUUUGGUCCACUGCAGUGACAGGGACGGCCGUGAUUCUGCACACUCACACUAGGAACUGCCGCUCCUUUUCCUUUUGUCGUCGUCUUUUCGAGGCGAGCGGCCCAGACGGAGAGCAGGGACCAUGUUCUGAAACGUUUCUGCGCCGCACCUCUACUAAUUUGAAAGACUCCAGUAUAGGUGAGGUGAAACUGGUUUUUAAGGGUGUUUUUAUGGUUCUAGUAACAGAUUAACAAUAUUUCUACGCUAUUAACCGGAGAAUCACUCUUGAGAACCCGGCCAAUCAUCCCUGUGGCCUUGGAAAAUAGUCGUGGCGAGAGAGCAAAGCGUUUCAGAGUAUGUGCCCAGCAAGACCCCCACGGCUGCCCUUGGCUUGGCCCGGUGCACUCAGCAGCACCACGUACAUACAUUCCAUGGUGUCUUUGUACUCACUGGUUCUUGUCUGUUUUAUAAUCUAUUUUUUACAUGGAGCAUUUUUGUGAUCUGGUCAUUGGUGGGUAAAAAAAAAAAAAAAAAAAAACGAGAGUACUAUUUUAUCUUUUUAUACGCUAAGACGAAGAGGCGUGGUGAACUAAGCUUGUGAGUGAUGGAUGGUGUCGUUGGAUUCAUUGAUUUGUCUGUUUUAUAUAUAUAUAUAUAUAUAUAUAUAUAUAUAUAUAUAUAUAUAUAUAUAUAUAUAUAUAUAUAUAUAUAUAUAUAUAUAUAUAUAUAUAUAUACUUGUUAUUUUGAGUGGAUAAUUUUGUGAAUAUGUUCUUGGAAGAAAACAGGUAAGAGCACUGUUUCAUAGCUUAUAUAUAUAUAUAUAUAUAUAUAUAUAUAUAUAUAUAUAUAUAUAUAUAUAUAUAUAUAUAUAUAUAUAUAUAUAUAUAUAUAUAUACAGUAGGAAAAAAGCCAUUUUAAUUGUUCUAUUUACACUUCUCACAUAAAUAAUCUACAAGUAAAAACAAAAUGAUGAAAACAACAACGCCAAUUUUUUUCUCUUUUUUGUUCAAUUAUUUAUGAAAGAGAUACAAAUAAAAGAGGCGUGGCUUGGUAGGCAUAUGAGCGAGGGAUGAAAAUUUAAGUGGCUAAACUGGGGACAUUCUAAUCGCAGCCACUGUACAGCCACACUGGAAACUGUUCACGUGUUCCGAAACAUUUCCACGCCUCCUUUCGGCUCCUUUCAUCACGCUCAGUGGAAGUUACCAGGACUUUCAAGGGUGUUUUCAUGCUUUUAGUCAUAUUUAAACUAGUAUUUUUCAUCAUAAAUAAGAUAAACACUCAAAAAAAGCCCAUAUUCAUCUUCAAACCAGUAUUUUUCAUCAUAAAUAAGAAAAACACUGAAAAAAAACACCCAUGACAACCUGACUUAUCUCUGAGGCCUUUGAAAACAGUCCUGAUAAGUGAACAGUAUUUCAAAAUGUGGGCUUAGGGGGAGUGUUGCUUAUUUUUUUCAUUAUUAAUCUAUUCACUUAUUUCCGAGGUGCUUAAAUUAUCUGUCUGACUGAGGAGAGGAGCAGUCGAUUACACGCUGCCUGAGCCCCACAAUUCUUCAAUGUCUGCAGCCUGUCGUAGUUGAGUGUGCCUUUCUUCGGUCAAAGGGGAUCCGUUUUCUCUUGAUUGGUUUUGACAAGAAAGAAAUUCAACAAAAACGUGAUCAUUUUUAGCGAUGACUCAAGUAAAAGUUCAUCAGCAUCGCCUAGCCAUUGAUGUUGUCCCGUGGCUCACACCUUAAUGGACCGUAUUCUCAAACGUUUCGGUGUCUCGUCUCGACUACUUUGUCAGGCGCCAGCGGACGUUCUUAGGGUUUUCGAAGGUGUUUAUAUGAUUGCAGUGAUAGACUGACAGGAUGUAUUGAAAGUUCCAGAUUUUCAGGUGUUUUCAUGAUUGCAGUGACCGUUUGACAGAAUGUACUGAAUGCUGCAAAUUUCCAAGGGUGUUUUCAUGGGUGCAGUGACAGAUUGACAGGCUGUUUUGAAUGUUGCAGGGAUUUUCAAGGGUGUUUUCAUGAUUAUUAUGAUAGUUUAAUAGGCUGUGUUGAAAGUUAUAAUGAUUUUUCAAGGGAGUUGUCAUGAUUCCAGGGAGUUUGACAGCCAGCCUCUAGUGGACAAGAUUGAUGUUUUUUCAGGGAUGUUUUCAUAAUUCCAGUAGGAGUUAAGCAAGGACACUGUUUUAUCAAUGUGGAAAAAUAAAAAAGCACCAAUGAAAACUCGACAAAUGAUAUCUGUGGCCUGUGAAAAUAGUCGUGCAGAGAACACACAGCGUUUCAAAAUACGGGCCCUUCUCUAUACCAUCAGUGUUCAGUGUUCAAAUACUACAUUACUGCAUAUAUGUUACUUCCUCUAAACUAAAACCAAUGGAGCCUACUUAUCUAAACAAAUAAAAAAAAUUGAUAGUCAUAAAUAUAUUGUAUUGUUAUCGGAGCAUGGAUACUAUAUCAUUAUUAUACAGACUUAUAUAUAUAAUAUCUUGUAGGUUUCAUGUACAAUAUUCAUGUGUUGUAUCGGUUACCCCCGUAGAGUUAAGUGAAUUAUUAAUGGUUAAGAAAGUGGAUUUAUUAUAUUAAGAUUAACACCAUGACGAAUGAAGACAGCAGUGGGA